AUGUUACUGGCUUGGGACUGGCACAACGAUCAGCGUGAGCGUGGUUCUGUGAGGGGGGCGGACGCACACAUCCGCUCGCCUCCAUUGACGUCACUCCGGUAUCACAUGAACGAGCGGGGACCAACCGGCGCUGCGGCCACAGUGCGCUGCUCACGGACACAGCCACAGACACAGACACCGCAGGAUCGACCCGACACCCGAGGACCAGGGCACAGCGGAGCGAGCGGGGACAUCUCCCUCUGCGGCCUUUUCACGUCCUUCCUCGCCGCGUCUCCCUCCGCUUGUCUCGGAUUGCAGCAGCCGUAG